UUGGGGGAAGGAGGGAGCGGGAAGGAGAGAGGUGAAGAGAAAGAAAACCUAGGCGGGAUCUUUUUGCUUGUUUUGAAAACUUGUGGAAACACUCCUAAUGCACAAUGCGGCAUCUUGGUCCUAGAAUUUCUUAAGAGAAGGAGCUGUGCACAUCUUUUUUCCAGGCACACAGCGUUCCUCCAGUUGCAAACAUUGUCAGCCUUAAUUGGAUCCCUGGGGUCCCAUCCUUUGACUCUGGCUAUUUGUGGAGAUUCUAAAUCUUGAAAAAUUGGGUGACACCCGGCUGCUAAAAUUGGCUUUCAAGCACACCCUAUCCUCUCCAUAGCCCAGUAUGGUGAUUCUGUCCCGGCUUCUACCCGGUCUCAUCUUGGUUUUCCUUCACUUUGCCAGAGCAGAGAAAUGCAAAGUCAGCACCGAAAGUCAACAUUUUGUGGCAGGACAGCCUUUUGCUCUUUCUUAUACAAUCACAGAAGGGAAAUACAAUCAUGAAAAUGUGACCUGCUAUAAAAAUUCUAGCAUAACUCCAAUAACUCUGGACAGAAAUUCCAGAGUCCACCAGUAUCUGAAUCAAAUUUUAUUUUUUCCUUUGACAUUGGAAGACUCAGGAAUAUAUCAGUUUGUCAUAAGGGAUUUAGGUAGCUGUCAAAAUAUCUCCGUGGAUUUAACUGUUCAAAAUAGGAGUAGUGGUUGGUGUGGUGAUUCCAGCAAAGACCUAGCAGGGUUGGCAGAUUAUCACAGCCAGCAAACAUUAUAUAUGGGGACAACUAGUAUUCUUGCAUGCCAUAUAAUUACCUUUCCAAACAAUACUUUAAGCCCAAUACAGUGGUAUAAGGAAUGUAAACCUAUUGGAGACAAAGAGAACUAUUUUUCUGUGAGAUAUGAUCUCUUCAUAAAAAAUACAUCAGCUGAGAAUGCAGGAACAUAUUUAUGCAGAACAAAACUAACAUACAUGGGAAAACAUUAUGAUAUUUUAAAUAGAAUUUCCACAACUCUAUUAAACAAUGUAGAAAGAAGGAAAGAACCUGAAAUUAUCUAUCCAAGAAAUAAUACCAUUGAAGUACAGCUUGGCUCUUCUCUUAUUGUAGACUGCAAUAUAAAAGAUGGGAAAGAGAAUUUAAAUCAAAGAAGUUGGAAAGUCAAUGAUACUUUGGUGGAUUUUCUUAACUCUAACAGAAUCAAAGAAGGAAUUGAAUCAAAUGUUUCUUGUGGGGAAAAAUACAUUUUCUAUACUGUAAAUAUCAGCUUCUCCGAGGUAAGACAAGAAGAUUAUGGCCGUCCCUUUUUAUGUGUAUCUGGAUCAGCAGCAGCAUUUAUUAUGCUCAAACAUCCAGCUCCAGAUGUUCGAGGAUACCUAAUAGGAGGGCUCAUUGUUCUUUUGUGUGUGAUUAUGGUUGUUAUGUGCACCUACCAUAUUGUCAAAGUUGACAUUGUGCUUUGGUAUCGAAGCACCUUUUAUUCUACUUUGAAUCAAGAAGAUGGCAAGCUCUAUGAUGCAUAUGUUUUGUAUCCAAAACCUAAAACUGAAAGCCAGAGCCAAGACAUGAACAUUUUGGUGCUGAAAAUCCUGCCUGAAGUCUUAGAGAGACAGUGUGGGUACAGACUAUUUAUAUUUGGAAGAGAUGACUUACCAGGACAAGCUGUGGCCAAUGUUAUUGAUGAAAAUAUUAAGCUAAGCAGAAGAUUGAUAAUCAUUUUGGUCACAGAAUCUUCAAGUUAUAGUUUAUUAAAGAACAUGUCAGAAGAACAGAUCACUAUCUACAAUGCUCUCAUCCAAGAUGGAAUGAAAGUCAUUCUUAUUGAACUGGAGAAAAUCCAAGAUUAUACAGAUAUGCCAGAAUCAAUUAAAUACCUUAAGCAGAAACAUGGGGUGCUGCGUUGGAGAGGGAACUACACAGAGGGAUUACAGUCAGCAAAGACAAAGUUCUGGAAAAAUGUAAGAUACCAUAUGCCACCUAAACGGUACCCAUCUUCGCUAGAACAUCUGAUGAAGUCAGCACCCUGCAACUACUCCAUGAACUAGAAAGAGACAAAUAUUGGGCUCCAGACUGAGUGAUCUACAACCUGCUUCUGUGGCUUUGUUGUUCAAUGGUAACUAUGUGCCAUCAAAGUUUGGUAUUGAAAAAAGUUUUCCAUUUGAGCCUACCUGUUCAACUGAUAACUCCCUUAUGGGUUUGUCAGGGUGGGGAUCAAAUCACUCGCCAUAGUCAUUUCUAUGAAUAGUUAUAUCUUAAAAUAGUUCUAUUUAGAAGCUGGAUGACUUGUUCAAGGUCAUACUGAUGGUAGGUGUCCAAGGUAGAAUUUGAAAACAUAUGUUUAGCAUGAUUUCAUAUGUUGAAUUGAUAUAUUGCUCAUCUCAGUGUGUGAAUUAGAAGUGGGAGGAAAGGAGAGAAUUCAGAACUCAAAAAUUUGUUUUUAAAUUUAGUAUUUAAAAAAUGAUAAUUCCAGUUAAAAGGUGAAUGAAUUACUUUGGGAAAGAUAACACAGUUAUCCAUUGCACAAAUUAGCAGAAUUUACUUGUCUGAAUAUACGGCUCCAACUAACUUUCUGAUGGAAUAGAAAAGACAAGUAAGUUUUAGUAAGAAGUUGAAAGAAAGAAAAAUCUGGGUUGUGGGAUAUAUGUCAAAGAAGUUCUCUUUGACAGCUUGGCUCCCUGAACUGCCCAUAUAAUACUAUCUGGGUAACUGAGUCUCUAGCUAAGAAAAAUAUGGCUGGAGUAGAGACUGCUGCUUAGAACAACACAUUUUGCCUGCUUUGUAUAUUUCAAUGAGGCUGAAAGUCAUUUAUUGAAUUGCUCUGCAGUGCCUUUAUCUGAUCCUUUUGCUUAAGGCUUCAGCUUACCAGAUUUUAUUUGAAUAAGCAGUGAAAAUGAAUAGCAAGAGGAUCUUGGACUGUUAGAGCAGAGUCUUAAAGGUAAUUUGGGCUGGUGUUCCUCAUACUAUUCCUUGGAAUCCUGUAGUUCCUGGGCAGAUAUUUGAAAUGUCCUACAAAUAAAAUAGUGAUAAUGACAGUAGUAAGAAACAAUUGUGAAGUAUGAAAUACUUCAUUGGGUUUGUUUUCUCUGAUUUUUAUUGAGGGAAGAGGGUAUAAAGGACAGUGUGUAUUAUAGGGCAUCAGGAAGACCUGGUUCAGAUACUGUCUCAGGGAUAUACUCAGUAUAUGACUGUGACCAGGUCACUUAACUUCCCAAUUUCCAGGAAAUUUUCAAAGACUAAGUUGCCAUUAUGAAUCAGUAGGGUGAAGGGGGAGAAAAGGUUGGAAGGGAAAUGGAAUCUAAACUAGGACUUCUCUACCCUGAUGAAAUCAAAGAUUUUUACUCUUUCCCCCAACCUCUUCCCCCUACUCUUCCAAAACAGAUAAGCACACAUAGGGAAUGUACACACUUUUUCAUCUGCAUGAAUGAAUGAUGAAUGGGUCAAGUUAAAAUGAAGACUAGUCAAAAUGUUAGCUUUGCAUUUAAGAAUUUUUUAAGAAACCACCUAAAAAUAACAUAAGUUAAUGAGGAUGUCUCAGAAGAAUGAAUAUAAAAUAAAUUGUCCAUUUAUAUUUUUAAUUUUUUAAAUUUUUUAAUAAUUUCCUUCACUGAUAAUAAGCUAACAUUAAGAGGGCUGAUAAUAAACCUAUAUCUCUAAAUCUAGUUCAAGUAAACAAAUCUUAAAUAGAGAAGAAAAUCAAGCAAUAGGAAAAGCUAUUUUUGAUUUAGGUUUACCUCGUUGCUCCUGAUGUCUAACAAGUAUUAGCUGUUAAAUUGGCAAGAAUUUCCUGAUUCUGGAAGUUUCAAAGAUACUAAUAAAAUCACAAUGAUUUUUAGAACAAAACUCUUGGCUUUUUCAUGCAAAAAUGUGAUGAAUUGAAACUAUCCCUGUUUCUUUUAAAAAUAAAAAUCUUGGCUUAUGUAAAAAAAGGGGAGAUUGGAGAAAAUUGUUUUGAUAUAAUAUCUAAUGUUCCUGUUUAUAAAAGUUAUUCAGCACAAACAGUCUAGUCCUAUGUAAGUACAGAAUUUGUCAACUCGGAAUUUGUUAGUUUAUAAAAAAAAUGCUUUAUUGAUGUCUAUUUUUGUUUUUUAUCGCAGUCUUUUCAAAAUUACACUUCCUUUCACAAAAUCACAAAUUUUAUUUAUUUAGAAAAAGUAAAUAGUAAGGCAAAAAUAACUUAUACAGUGACCUCAGUUGACAAUGAAUGCAGCAUUCUAUCCAUGAGAGUCCUCUACUUCGCUACUUAGAGGAGGGAAACAUGUUUCAUUUGUUCUCUGCGUUCAAUUAAUUAUUAAAGUUACUCUUGGAAAUUAGCUUCCUUUUAAUGUUUUUUCACUUACACUGUUGUAGUUAUUUCCUUCCUUCCUUCUUUCCUUCCUUUCUUUCUUCCUUCCUUCCUUUUUUCCUUCCUCCCUCCCUCCCUUCCUUCCUUCCUUCCUUCCUUCCUUCCUUUUUUCCUUUUUCUUUCUUUCUUUCUUUCUUUCUUUCUUUCUUUCUUUCUUUCUUUCUUUCUUUCUUUCUUUCUUUCUUUCUUUCUUUCUUUCUUUCUUUCUUUCUUUCUUUCUUUCUUUCUUUCUUUCUUUCUUUCUUUCUUUCUUUCUUUCUUUCUUUCUUUCUUUUGCAAUUGGGAUUACACAGCUAGGAAAUGUUAAAUGUCUGAGACCAGAUUUUAACUCAGGUCUUCUUGACUUCAGGACUGAUGUUGUAGUUAUUUUCUAAAUUGUUUUUCUGGAUUUGUUUAUUUUACUCUGUAUCAGUUUAUAUAAAUCUUCCAUUCCUUUUUUUUAUUCUUGUAAAUAUAUUUCAUAUAUAUUUCAUUUCAAUUCAAUAUAUAAUUCAUUUCAUAUUAUUCUAUAAUUUGCUUAAUAUAUUCCCUGUUAAAUUAAUGCCUAUCCCUCUCAUCUUCCAAUAAGUGUCAUUGGCAUUUGAUUGGAGAAGGACAAAAUUACAAUUCAUUUUCUUUCCCCACUUCUAUUCCUAAUUCUGGAUUAAGUAUUUAUUGCCCAUAGCAACACUUCUUUAUGGACCUAAAAUAAGGCCUAGAUUCUUCUGGUUGUUCACAUGUGUCUCUCUGAAGCUACCUGGAUGGAGUUAUGUAACAUAAUUACAUAAAGCUAUUUACCCUGACAUUGGAGCAUAAGAGCAUAGGAAGUGGAAGGAUCAUUAAAAUUAAGCCUCUCAUUUAACAGGUGACUAAACUGAGGUCCAUUAAGGUUCAUUGAAUUUCCCAGUCACAAAGGAAGUUAAGUUAGAAUAGUCCUCUUGAUAAGUUCAAUACUUAAUCCAGUGGACUCUACUUUCUCUCAUGGUAGAACAGUAAUACUUCCAAAAAAGCAGGAUGAAUGGGAGGAAACCUUACACUCAGAGACCUAAGACUUAUAGUACACUGAGGAGAAGAAAAUGUAGUCUCUGCUACAUUUACCUCUCAAUCAAAAGUUUACUUCUAUAACAAUAUAAUCAUAUCACAACUUUAAAAAAUAAAGGAUUACAUAUAGCUCGCCAUUGUGUCUCUUCAGUACUGUUCAUCAACAGCUACACAGUUUUAAGUUUUUUUUUUUUUAAGUACCCAGCUAGCCUGAAUAUCCAGAUGAUAGCUUUAUGUCCCUAUCCAUCUAGAAUGGUGCUUAAGUAUGUGGCUAUAUGAAUUGGCCCUAUGGUAUUCUAAUUCUAUACCAGAUCAGAUUUUAAAGGAGGUUAAAAAAACUCAACUUUAAUUCAAUUCAAUAAUCUUUUUUUUAAGAUCCUACUAUGUCCUAGUCAUUGUGCUAGAUCCUGUGUAAAUUAAAAAGGGGAAAUAAAAAUCCUUAUUCUCAAGAAACUUACAUUUUAUUGAGGAAAAAGUAUAUAAGGUUAAGCAGUCAUGAAAUAUAAACAGAGAAAAAAUAAAAGUGGGCACUGAAGUGGCACAGUGAAUGUGGAAUCAGAAAAACCUGAGCUCACACAUAGCCUCAGACCCUUACUACCUGUGUUACUCUGGGCAAAUUAUUUAACUCAACCUGUCUAAGUUUCUUCAAGCUCUGUGAAGUAAUUUCUUGGGAGUUUGAAUGAAAGGGAACUGAAUAAGUGAACUAAUUUAGGUAGUAUUGUCAUUUUUAUUAUAUUAUCUCAAUCUACUCAAGAUGCUAUUGACAAUUUUAAGGAAAAUUCUCUUUAUUCCUAUACUCUCUAGUGCUUUUAAUAAGAAUGGGUGUUGGAAUUUGUCAAAUGUUUUUUUCUGCAUCUAUUGAGAUUAUCAUAUGAUUUUAAUAGUUUGGUUACUGAUAUAGUCAAUUAUGCUAAUAGUUUUCCUAAUAUUGAACCAGCCCUGCAAUCCUGAUAUAAAUCCUAUUUGGUCAUGAUGUAUUAUUCUGGGAAUAACUUACUGUAAUCUCUUUGCCAACAUUUUAUUUAAUAUUUUUGCAUCAAUAUUCAUUAGGAAAAUUGUUAAUAAUUUUCUUUCUCUCUUUUGACCCUACCUAGUUUAGGUAUCAGCACUGUGGCUGUGUCAUAAAAAGAAUUUGGUAGGAUUUCUUCUUUCUCUAUUUUUUCAAAGAUUUUGCAUAAUAUUGGAAUUAAUUGUUUUUAAAAUGUUUGGUAGAAUUCACAUAUAAAUCCAACCAUUCUGGAGAGCAAUUUUUAAUAAAAAUCCUGGAGAUUUUUUUCUUAA